UCCGGCCACGCCAAAGCCGUAGUAAACAGCACGGUCGUCGCCGAGACCGACGCCUACGAGUUCGUUGAAGGCAACGUCUACUUUCCUCCCAGCUCCGUCAAGUCUGAGUACUUUACCAAGACGGACCAGCACACGCACUGCCCGUGGAAGGGGGAUGCGAGCUACUACACCAUCAAAGUGGGCGGU